UUUUGGGGGCGGAGGAGGAGGAGGGUUGUGAAUCGUUAGCUCUCUAGCCUAGAGUCUAGCGUCGACCCAGGAAACUCAGGAGGAAAAAAAACCCAAAUCGAUAAAGACACGUUCGUUGGCAGCCAGCCACCUCUGUUAUAAAUAUUAUUAUUAUUAUUAUCGAUAUAGGAAUUUCAGGGACCGCGCGGCCAGGAAAUAACUUGCUGUUACUUGUUCUCUCACAACUAAAAUAAAAAUGAUCUUUUUAAAAACUGCAAACUGAAGAGAAGAAGUGGGUAAGCAAAUGGGUGAAGAAGGUGGGCCGUGGAUGCCGAUAAACGUUGUUAAUGUUGGUUUCUAGACUGACUGCUUACACUUUACGAGACUUUUUCGUCCAGCAAGCGACGCCGAAACUCGGCACUUCCGCACGGGCUCAUGUAAACACGCUCACGUGACCGGCCACGUGGAGCCGAGGCCGGCUCGCACCUUAAAGGGACCGCCUGAGUCUGAGACUUUUCACAGGGAGCUUGUAAUGCUGUUGAUCACCUGAAUGCAGAGCAACUGGAGGAGGCCCACGCCCACACAGAGCGGCACAGGAAGUGAGGUCAGCACGUGCCAAUGCAGCAACAGAGCCGGCCACCCAGGGCAGUGGAAGGCAGGCUUCCCGUGUUCGUGUUUCCCACAGAGCUGGUGUUCUAUGCCAAUGAGCAGGCCUCACACAGGCAGGUGCUCACCCUCUACAACCCCUACGAGUUCAUCAUCAAGUUUAAAGUGCUGUGCACCGCCCCCAGAAAGUAUGUGGUGGUGGACGCCACGGGAGCCGUGAAGCCUCGGUGUUGCGUGGACAUAGUGAUCCGCCACAGAGACAUCCGGGAGUGCCACUAUGGUGUGGUCGACAAGUUUCGCCUUCAGGUGUCAGAGCAGAGUCGGUGCAAGUCCCUGGGCCAAAAGGAGGUGACGGCCACGCUGCUGUCCUCAGCCACCCAGAAGCCCAUCCAGCCUCACUCCCAGAAUAAGACGCAUCGUUUGAAAGAGAAGCUUGCCAAAGGUGUCUUCUUUGAGCAGACAGAAGGCCGCACCACAUCGGGGGGGCCCAGCCUGUUUGCCGUUCUGCUGGGACUGGGCUGCUUGAUUGUCCUCCUGUUACCCACUCUGGGGGAGCCGGACUCCUCCGUGCCUCUCUACCUCCAUCUAAGCGUCAACAAGAAGCUCGUUGCUGCCUACGUUCUUGGCCUCCUCACAGUGGUUAUUCUACACCCAUGAAGUGUUGAAACACGAGUUCCCUGGAGAAGGAAGGACAAACAAGGUGGGAAGAGAAAGAGAAAACAGGAGAUGAGGAAAGGUUAAGACUGAAAACCUACUGUAGACAUUCAAGGAGGUGGGAAGCAGAAGUUGCCGACUAAGAUGUAAACACUGCAACAAUAAGUGGAGGACAGCAAUCCCAUCAUGCACUGGGCUAACAGUGGAUGUACAGCACAUCAGUACAACUGCAGGACUGUGCGGUGCCGAUGGGGAGCAGGGCAGCCAGAUUUUGACAAAGGGAGACCUUUUUAUAAAAGCUGUUUGACUUUGGGGGAUGCGGUGGCGCAGCGGGUUUGGUCGGGUCCUGCUCUCUGGUGGGUUAGGGUUU